AGCAGCGCCGGCGCCGCUGCAAGAUGCUGGAUGGACACGUCCUGCUGGGAUGGCUCUCCUCCUGCGCGCUCCUAGGGCUGCUCGCCUGCGCCCCGCGGCCCUCCGCCGCCUACUUCGGGCUGACGGGGAACGAACCCCUGACCAUCCUCCCUCUGACCUCAGAAAUGGAGGAGGCGGCCGUCAAGGCCCACUACAAGGUGUGUGACCGCCUGAAGCUGGAGAAGAAGCAGCGCCGGAUGUGCCGGCGCGACCCCGGCGUGGCCGAGACGCUGAUGGAGGCCAUCAGCAUGAGCGCCCUGGAGUGCCAGUACCAGUUCCGCUUCGAGCGCUGGAACUGCACCCUCGAGGGCCGCUACCGCGCCAGCCUGCUCAAGAGAGGUUUCAAGGAGACAGCCUUCCUGUACGCCAUCUCCUCGGCGGGGCUGACGCACGCCAUGGCCAAGGCGUGCAGCGCGGGGCGCAUGGAGCGCUGCACCUGCGAUGAGGCGCCCGACCUGGAGAACAGGGAGGCCUGGCAGUGGGGAGGCUGCGGGGACAACCUCAAGUACAGCAACAAGUUCGUCAAGGAGUUCCUGGGGAGGAAGCCCAACAAGGACCUGCGAGCCAGGGUGGACUUCCACAACAACCUGGUGGGCAUGAAGGUCAUCAAAGCCGGCGUGGAGACCACCUGCAAAUGCCACGGCGUGUCCGGCUCCUGCACCGUCCGGACGUGCUGGAGGCAGCUCUCCCCCUUCCACGAGAUCGGCAAGCAGCUGAAGCAGAAGUACGAGACCUCGCUCAAGGUGGGCAGCACCACCAACGAGGCCACGGGGGAAGGCGACAUUUCCCCCCCUAAAAAAUCCAUCCCCGGCCACAGCGAUCAAAUCCCAAGGACUACGGACCUCGUCUACAUUGACGACUCCCCGAGCUUCUGCCUGAUGAGUCGCUAUUCCCCCGGCACGUCGGGACGGAAGUGUUACAAGGACAAGAACUGUGACAGCAUCUGCUGCGGCCGGGGCCACAACACGCAGAGCCGGGUGGUGACGCGCCCGUGCCAGUGCCAGGUGCGUUGGUGCUGCUACGUGGAGUGCAAGCAGUGCACCCAGAGGGAGGAGGUUUACACCUGCAAGGACUGACACGACCCGCGGCUGCUGCUGCACUUGGGCCAGCUUGGAGAACUGCCUAUGGAGACAAACAGGGUUUGAUUGACCUUCUGGCAUCUGGAAGCUAUGUUGAGACAUAAGCACUUUGUAGGGUACAGGUGACCCAGCUGUGUUGCUGUUUUGUUUUGGGUUUUUUUGUUUUGGUUUUUUUUUUUUUGUUUUGUUUAUCCUGUAGACUGAAUUUUCAUGAGGUCCAACCAUGUGGAAAUAAGUGCCUGUCACACUGGGGUUAGACACCAGUUGACCUUCACCUUCGUCGUCUAUGUAGUUUGACGGAUCAUUUCUCCUUGGAACGUUGUUUCAGCCAUCCUCCAUGAACUCCUGGGCUAAGAGAUUCCCUUUGGCAUGAAUAUCCUGUACUUCUUUAUUCCUGGAGCUCACCCAACUGCUCAGAGAGCUGAGCAGAUGCAAAAGAUCUUUCCGCUUCGAGUGCUGUGGUGCCAGAAGCGGACAUUUAUUUCUCCUAAAACUCAAGAGGAAUUUGUAGGGAAUGAUGGGUUCUUCCAGUGGAGUUUCUGCACAUGGAGCAAAGCAGGCUCUGACAAAGAGACCCACUGGGAGCAUCAGCUCUUUAAUGACAGCUCCGUCUCCGCGUGCAUCGUCACCAGCACAGCUCGGAAACGUUGGGUCCACCACGCUGCAGACAGAAAUAGAUCCAAGAAAGAGGUUGGGAAGACAGCAGAACACCAGAUGUGCCUGUCCACAUCAGUCCAAUCCCAUUCUUUAUUUUAAACAAUUCACCCAAAUGCAGGCUCUUUAGCACUAUCGCUGUCUUAAAUUUAAUUUUUUUUUUUUUAAACCACUAGAUACUUUUGUUUCAUUUUCACUUGGCGCAUGAUUUAUUUUUCUCUCCUCUUCCCACCUCUUGCUGAUGGAGGUCAACCUGUGGUAACUGCUUCAGAAAUCCCAACUGGAACUCGUUGAGUUGAAUUUGGACGUGUUUCUCUUGAGUAGGACAAGAGGAAUCCGAGUGCCUCUUGGAACCCGGGGCUGUCUUGCCUUGUGGAGCAGCCGUUUCGGCCUGGAUCAGACCUCUGGAGGAGCUGACUUUUCUUUCCUAGGUCAUCAUUCCAUUUACUCUAAACCAUGGCAGUGGUACAUGACACAAGCUGUAUGUAAACCCUAUGACCUUAAGAUGAUUUUGGUUUGUUUUUUUUUUAACCACUAGAUCGAGAACUGUACUUUAAAAACACACCUGCUAAAUCCUAACAAACUCAUGGAUUUGGAAUAGCCAAUCGACACAGAGACAACCUGAGAGAAGCCAGAAAUUUGAAUGCAGGGGUUGAUCACUCCAACGCUGUGAAACACAUGACAACCUCCAGCAUUUCUUUUUUUGCUUGGAAGAGGAGAUUUACAAUCCAGGACUUGGCAUGCCAAUAUUCUUCAUAUAAAAGUGGAUUGGAGGCAGCCAGCAAAUUGCCUGAAUGAAGAUUUCUAAGGAAAAAAUGGGGAGCAGAGGGUGUUUUGUUUGAUUUUUGGUAGCAAUUUUUGAUUGUCCAGUAGUAGCAAUUUCCACCGAGUUUCUAUAAGCCAUUGAUCUGGUGUUCAAAAGAGGAGAUUCUCAAACAUUAGUAAAAAUUAGUAAAAAAACAAAAAAAAAAGAGCAAUUUCCCAAGACAAACCAUAAUUUUUCAAAGUCUUUUUUUCCUUAUUUAAUUUUUUCCCCUCUAAUUGUAGCCACUAAUAUUUAAGCUGUUCAUAUGCAUCUACUGGGAAGAGAAAAGAUAGAUCUGGGGUUUUCUUAGUUAAAAAUACCUGCAGUCCAGCCUGGCUCGUUGGCAUCAAAUCUUGAGGAGGGGGCAAGGGGAGGGACAGGGCGUUGCUGUUUAAUAGCACCAUGGCUCUGCAGAGUGAACCAAAAUGUCUCUUUUUUUGGUGUUUCCUUAUUUGCUGUACAAUUCUGGGGGUUGGGAUA